AUGGUGGACGAUCCACUGACAGUCGGUCCUUCACAAGCUUCCAAGGCGGUGGGUCGAGCGCAGGGACUGUACGGUUUUUCCUCGAAAGAGGACAUGCGUCUGAUUAUGGCCAUUGAUAUAGUUUUCACCGAUGGAACCUACAAUAGAAGCACUCUCACUGUUUUGGGCUCCAACCCAGUAACUCAGACGAAACGCGAAUUGCCGGUGAUCGGAGGGACUGGUGUUUUCAGGCUGGCCCGUGGUGUUGCUCUGUUAAACACCUAUUUUCUCAAUGCUGCCUUGGGUAAUGCCAUUGUCGAGUACACUGUUAUAGUUCAACAUUAUUAA